AUGCGCGUCCCGGUUUCACUCUCACUAGCGGCGCUGAGCCUAGUAGGAUCGACGGCGGCUCAUCCACUUGCCGACACUGAAGAGGUCUUGCACCGCGAUUCGGACGCUCAACAGAAAGCCGACGCGGUCAAGGAGGCCUUUCAACAUUCAUGGGAUGGGUAUAUGAAAUACGCUUUCCCUCAUGAUGAACUCCACCCAGUGAGCAACGGAUAUGGUGACUCCAGGAAUGGAUGGGGAGCAUCUGCAGUGGAUGCACUUUCAACUGCCAUCAUCAUGGGCAAAAAAGAUGUGGUCAACACCAUUCUGAAGCAUGUCGCGACAAUCGACUAUAGCAAGACCGACUCGGAGGUCAGCCUGUUUGAGACAACUAUCCGCUAUCUUGGCGGCAUGCUGUCCGGCUAUGACUUGCUCAAGGGACCAGCUUCCGGGAUGGUGCAAGACUCGAAGCUUGUGGACAAUCUCCUGACCCAAUCGAAGAAUCUGGGUGACGUUCUCAAGUUUGCCUUUAAUACCGGAUCGGGUGUUCCUUACAACAACAUCAACAUCACGUCCAAGGGUAACGACGGCUCAACUACCAAUGGUCUCGCCGUUACGGGAACUCUGGUUCUCGAAUGGACUCGUUUGUCUGACCUGACGGGAGACGAUGAGUACGCAACCAUCAGCCAAAAGGCAGAGUCAUACUUGCUAGACCCCAAGCCCUCCAGUGGUGAGCCGUUCCCAGGUCUCGUUGGCAGCAACAUCAACAUUGCCAACGGCCAAUUCGCCGACGGUCACGUUUCUUGGGACGGCGGCGAUGAUUCGUUCUACGAGUAUCUCAUCAAAAUGUAUGUGUAUGACCCGGAGCGUUUCGCCACAUACAAGGACCGCUGGGUGCUGGCCGCCGAGUCGACCAUCAACCACCUGCAAGCCCACCCGGAGCCCCGCCCUGAUCUGACCUUCCUCUCUUCGUACGAAGAUGGCGAAUAUUCUCUCAGCUCGCAGCACUUGACUUGCUUCGACGGAGGUAGCUUCCUCUUGGGCGGUACCGUUCUGGGCCGUCAAGACUUUAUUGAUUUCGGUCUCAAGCUGGUCAGUGGAUGUGAGGCUACUUACAACGCAACUUUGACCAAGAUUGGCCCCGACUCUUGGGGCUGGGAUCCCAACAGUGUUCCCAGUAGCCAGCAGGAAUUCUAUGAGAAAGCUGGCUUCUACAUUACCAGCGGUGCAUACGUCCUCCGCCCUGAAGUGAUUGAGAGCUUCUACUAUGCCUACCGUGUUACUGGCAAACAAUUUUAUCGUGACUGGGCUUGGAACGCCUUCGUUGCAAUCAAUGCCACUGCCCGUACCGACUCUGGCUUCGCGGCCCUGAGCAACGUCAAUGCUGCUAACGGUGGCUCCAAGUACGAUAACCAAGAGAGCUUCCUCUUUGCUGAGGUCAUGAAGUACUCGUACCUCAUCCAUGCAGACGACGCUGAGUGGCAGGUGCAGACGGGUGGCAAGAACACCUUUGUCUUCAACACUGAGGCUCACCCCGUGCGUGUGAAGCACACUUAG